AUGAUGAAAAGAGCACCACCUGUUUCAUCUUCAUUGUUUUCAAAAUCCCAGAAUUUGUGGCUUAUUUGGAAGCUUUUGAUUAUUCUGAGCAUCAUUUUUUUAGUUAUGACACUUGCGCGGAUUCAGUUUUAUUAUGAUACUUCCCCACAGUCUUAUUCGGGUCGAGUUCAUCGGCGAUCUCAGCUUCCGAUGAUCGAUGACGAGGGUUUUGAAGGAAACCCUAGAAUUGCUUACUUGUUUCUAGUCCGUCGCGAUCUGCCCCUUGAUUUCCUCUGGCAAAGCUUCUUCGAGAAUGCUGAUGCAGCGAAUUACUCAAUUUAUGUUCAUUCAGAGCCUGGUUUCAUACUCGAUGAAACCACCACAAGGUCCAGCUUCUUCUUCAAUCGACAGUUAAGCAACAGCAUCAAGUGGUGAUGUUGCAGGUAGAUUGGGGUGAAUCAACCAUGAUUGAAGCCGAAAGAUUGCUUCUUCAAGCAGCUCUUGAAAAUCCAUCAAACCAGAGAUUCAUUCUCUUAUCAGACAGCUGUGUUCCCCUCUACAAUUUCACCUAUAUUUACAACUAUCUCAUGGGCUCUUCUAAAAGUUUCGUGGACAGCUUUCUUGAUAUGAAAGAAGGUCGCUAUAAUCCUAGGAUGUCCACUGUUAUUCCAAUGAGGAAAUGGCGAAAAGGCUCACAGUGGACUGCUUUAAUUCGAAGCCAUGCAAAAGUUGUUGCAUAUGAUGACGUCAUAUUUCCUGUUUUCAAGAAGUUAUGUAAGCGACGUCCUCCCUUAGAUUCAAGUAAAGGAAAGCAAAAUCUUAAACUUCAGAAGCAGCAUAAUUGCAUUCCCGAUGAGCAUUACGUGCAAACAUUACUAGCGAUGAAUGAUCUAGAAGGUGAGCUUGAACGAAGAACAGUAACAUACACUUUAUGGAUCCAAUCCGCCACAAACAUGGAAACAAAAAGUUGGCACCCCGUAACUUAUAAUUAUGCAACUUCUAACCCUCAACAAAUAAAAAAUAUCAAGGGUAUUGACCACGUGUAUUAUGAAACUGAACAUAGAACAGAAUGGUGUCAUAGUAAUGCAAUAUUAGUCCCUUGUUUUUUGUUUGCUCGAAAGUUUUCAAGAGAUGGAGCUAUGAGGCUUUUGACCCAAGGAGUGUAGUGUAGGGGGUAAUUAUUUAUAUUGUUAUUUAAAAAAAAUAUUGAGAUUGGAUAGUAGGUUUUUAUUAUAGGUAUACAGGGCAUAGAUAGUAAGAGUUGGUAUUUUUUGUACUAAUGAAAGUUGAAUGAUGUUUGUUUGUUUGUACAAAUUUGAAACUUUGUUACUCUCUUAAGUAAUUUUCUUAAUUAUUAGUGCAUUAGCUUAAUGCACUUUAUGCCUAUAUUAUAUACAUUCUCAUUUAGGCCAUUAUGAU